AGCGUAGCGACUCGACAAACUGCGAGAUCGCAGAAUCAGACUAAGGUCCGCAUAGUGCGGUUUGUGAGAGGCGCGACUGCAGCGACUCUUCGGCGAGACGUUCACCACGACCUGUAGCAGCACGAUGGGACGACGCAUGCUGAGCGCUUCGUGGCUCGUGAAGAAGUCGGUACCGCUGAGCAUCGACGUUUGCAUACCGUCCGAGUGCGCAGCUGUGUGCCACGAGCCGUCGUCUUCAUUGGAACCUGCCAAAUGCGCAGCGACGCAGUCCUUUAAGCACGAGAGCGCGCCGAACCCUUUGCACGUCGGCAUGGUUGCGGACGACGAAAAGAUGCUGCUGAAGCACCAGCAGGCGUCCCUGGGCCCCGCUGGAGCGUCGCGACACUACGAGUCCAUCGUCAACGCCGGCUCGUCCAUCAUCUACUGCUCCGCCCGGGGCGACCCUGAUGAGCCCGGUGCAGGACAGCCGUCCGUACACAUGCCCGUCAACUCCGGCUCGCAGGCGAGCAACGAGGAGCACUGUCACACGCCGCACGGUGUCGAAGUCGACCACCUUGCGCGAAAGAAGCUCAUAUUCGCCAGCAUCCUCUGCCUAGUCUUCAUGAUCCUCGAAAUCGUAGGUGGUCUUCUGGCCAACAGCUUGGCCGUGGCGACAGACGCGGCGCAUCUGCUCACCGACUUCGCCAGCUUCAUGAUCAGCCUUUUCUCCAUCUGGCUGGCGCACCGGCCGCCCACCAAGCGCAUGAGCUUCGGCUGGUACCGAGCGGAGGUGAUCGGUGCGGUGACGUCAGUGCUCCUCAUCUGGGUGGUGACCGGCGUUCUCGUCUACAUGGCCGUGCAAAGGAUAGUCCUGCAAGAGUACGAGAUCAAUGCCACCAUCAUGCUCAUCACUGCCGGCAUUGGAAUACUCGUCAACAUCAUAAUGGGCGUGGCGCUGCAAGUGGGUGGCGUGCCACACGGCCACUCGCACGGGACGCAUCACGCGGGCGACGAUGAGGACGCGCACCUGAAGGACCCCUCGAACGGCGUCGCAGUCAUCGAGAACGGCGGCUCGCGUCCCCACAGCAGCACGGCGCGCGGAUCGGGCAACAUCAACGUCCGCGCCGCACUCAUCCACGUCAUCGGCGACUUCCUGCAGAGCCUGGGCGUCUUCGUGGCGGCACUCAUCAUCUUCUUCAGGCCCGAGUACCGCAUCGCGGACCCUCUGUGCACCUUCCUGUUUUCGGUGCUGGUGCUGUUGUCCACGAUGGCCAUCCUGCGCGAAGCCCUGACCGUGCUGAUGGAAGGCAAGCCGAGCAGCAUCGACUUCCGCCAGGUGCUCACGCUCCUCGCGCAGCAGCCCGGAGUGCACAUGGUGCACAACCUGCGCAUAUGGGCCCUCUCCAUGGACAAAAUCGCGCUCUCCGCGCACAUUGUCAUCCGGCCGAACGAGGACGCCAUGCAAGUGCUCAAGUCGUGCUCGCGCAUGAUCCGUUCCAAUUACGACAUCUUCGAGCUGACCCUGCAGAUCGAAGAGUACCACGAGGUGAUGGACGAUUGCGCCAAGUGCAACGACCUCAGGAACUGAAAAGCGUACUACUCUCGCCCCCCAAAAUGCUGGGCGUUCCUGGCUUCCCCCUUAUAUGCCUCUUCUGCGGGCAGCGAUCAAAGUUACUGCGGCUGCGAUGCUUGCGGGA